UUCACCAUCUCUCACUUCUCUCCGCCAUCUAAACAGCUCAAUAACGUCUUCUUCAUUCUCUCGAGAAACUUACAUCAAUGGCGGUAAAGAGAUCUUCAAAGCUAACACAAACCGCAAUGGUGAAGCAAAUCCUCAAGAGAUGUUCGAGCUUGGCCAAGACACAAUGCUAUGACGAGGAUGGACUGCCUUUAGACGUGCCAAAGGGUCAUUUCGUAGUCUACGUAGGCGAAAAGAGGAGCCGUUACAUCGUACCAAUCUCCUUCUUGAAUCAUCCUAAGUUCAAGAACUUGCUUCAACAGGCAGAGGAAGAGUUCGGAUUCAAUCACGACAUGGGACUCACUAUUCCUUGUGAAGAAGUUGUUUUCCGCUCUCUAACAUCCAUGCUCAGAUGAGAUCAUGAAAGAGAGGCGUGCGCCUAUUAUUAUUUUUCUUGUUACCUUUGGAUGAAUAUUGUAUUCAAAGGUUUUUUUCUUUUUCUUUUUCGAACCAUAACCCAUAAGAUCGAUCCACCUAAAAUGAGCCUUUUACGUGGAUUAGGUAAAACCUGGGUUUUAGUUUGUUAAUUAAUUUCUAAGUGUAGCACCCUAAGUUUGUUAUCCAUUCACAGGGUUUGAAAUCUAAACCUAAUUAGGCUUCUUUUUUUUUUUGCUAGCUAUAAUAAAUCUGAGUGAUGGCUUAUUGGCUUGCAUUAAUUAAUAAGAACUAUUGUAUAUUGUUUAUGGUUCAUAUUCUUGUUCAAUGGAAUUAAAUUAUCAA